UCAAUAUUUAUUGCAAGCCAUUGAAACGAAAGUGUCGCAUUAAGAUAGAUAGAUAAGUUUUUGGUGCAUUUAUACGCUGCGUGCCUGCGUAAAAUGUGUAUUUCUAAGUUGUCUGGCAUAUCUUCUAUUUACUUUAAACUCAUUUUAUUGGUUUUAAUAGUUGUAUGCUCACUCAUCGACGCAGUUCGCACAAAACACGCAGAAAACAUGGUUUUGCACCUUGAGGACGUCCCUGUUCAGAGGAAACCUUUGGUUGUUCCAGUAUUAGACGAAGUUGUCAAAGUUUUAACCGACGGAUUACGAAGUCACUUCGAACAUGUUGAUGUCGCUGUGGUUGAUUGUCCAGAUCUCACGAAAGAGCCAUUUACGUUGGCUAGUCCAGGUUUAGGCGGAAAAUCUAAACUUGUAGAAGUUGGUGGUCCAGCUUAUCUACUACCACUUGUGAAUCGUACAAAAUUGUAUGACAUAACAGACGUGGCAAAAGCGGCACAAAUAAAUCCUGCUUUUAUUAUUGGUGCAGGUGCAGGGCCAUUUGAUCACGAGAAAACUAAUUGUGAAGGAAUAUAUAAUUUAAAUGUGCAAGAUGGUAAAAUAACCGUUCAGGAUUCAAAACUUUCACGUGUAAAUGCAUCGGAUCCACCGAAUCCCAUCCAGAAAACAAUUCCGAUCGAUGCAACUAACUUCGGAUUGUUGGGUAAUUUGCAUGUAUCAGAAGGUAAACCCGGUAAAGUUUUGAAAGUCCAUGCGACUAAACGAAUUGGUAGUAUGGACUUCAUCGCGAGUAUUCGAACAUCUUUAGCCGAUUAUUACGGACCAGAAACACCAGUCGGACUUGGUGGUACGUUCCUUCUAAAAGAAGGAAAAGCUAAGACGCACGUCAUGCCUGACUUUUCAUCGGUUCCACUCCAAACUGAUGAUGCACUUAAUGAAUGGCUGCAGUUUUUCAAUAUGUCGGCACCGUUAAUAUCAGUGGGCACGCUUGUAACCACUGAAUAUGGUGAUAUUGACCUAAGAGUACAACAUUUUCAUUUGUACUCUCAUCAUGGUCAAGCUGGACAUUACCACAUCGAUACAACUCCAGAUGUUGUGGAAUACCUAGGUUUCUUUAACUUGGCUGAUGAAAUAAUCCGCGUGGAUAAACCCCCGCAGUCGGCUGGUUUCGGCAAAGAUUAGUUUUUUUAAGAACAUCGUUAGGUAUAUUCUCAUAACAUCUGUUUAAACAUUACAUCAAAAAUACAUGUUCUCAUCUGAAUAUGUUUACGUAAAGUGUAUCAAUAUAUAAAAUCAAAUAUGGCACA